AUGUCUGGCAGCUCCAACACGCCCGAACCGUCGUCCAAGACGUCCAAUACAUCCGUCAUUCAUUCGGCUCCUCCCCAUGUUGCACCAGCAGUGAUCUCGAAGCCAAACGAGCGCUCGCUGACGCUGUUCCUCAAGCUGAAGGAAAAGGACAAUGUCCUGACGGCACGUAACUACCAGUGGUGGUUCUCUGAGCUCGACGAUGCCCUUCUGUACGGCGACGUCUGGUUUUCGCUCUUCGCCAAGGACGGAGGAGGCAAUCGUCCCAACGUACCAGAUCCGAGCGACCCGAACCUCGUCCUUUAUCAUGCAGCCAACAAAGCUGCUGCAGCGUGGAUCAAGACGGCUGCUGGCUACACGCAUCGCGCUAUCGUCCAGAAGUUCUCCGAGAAGGGCGAUGGCGUUGGAAUGUACGACGCGCUGCGCAACCAAUUUGGCAAGAUGGCCCCCACGUCUCGCUACUUCGAUGUGCAGUCUCUUUUCCGUCUCCGUGACAGUUCUCUCCCCGUCGUUGGCACCAAUUGGUCGGAACGCUGCAGCGCAAUCGCGAAUCUGAAGAACUCGCUGCGUGACAAUUGCGCGGGUAUGUCCAUAGAGGACUUCAUCGACGAAAUGGCGUUCCACACCCUCAUUUUCAGUCUUCCCGACGGCGACGAGUUCCAGCAACGCCUCAUUGCCAAUCUUGAUUCGGGCAAGACGACGUUUGAGGACGCGCGCGAGCAGCUCAUUAAGCAUGCUCUCGUGAAGACGACCCGCGCGGAAGCAAACGGCUCCCCUCCCGACGCCGCCCACGUCGUGACAGAGUCCCCAUCGAUCGCAAAGGGUAGUCAGGCUCUUCGAACGGCGCCACACUCUAUUACGUAUGAGGAGCUCGCCGCCGCUGUCCAAGCCAACAUUCGUUGCUUCCAAUGUGGAGGACCGCAUUUCAAACGAGACUGCCCGCAGCUGCGCCAUGGCAACGGUCCACAAUCAAUCCGAUUCCAAGUGCGCGGAGGUCAGCAGACCGGACGGUUCAUUACUGGUCGCUUCAACAGCGGCAACGGCUUCCAAGGCGGUCAAAGAGGUCACGCGUCUGGUCAAGCGCCUGCUCGCUGGCGCGACAACGCGAAUGCCGCUCAAGUCGACAACUCCACCACCAUUGAACUUGCUCUGGACGAUCAGUCCUCGCAGUCAUCUUUUCCUAUCGACGCCAUCAUCGAUGGAAUUACGAUUGAUUUCGCUGGAAACGUUAGUUCCCUCCCAUCUCUGCCCAACCACCGCUCUGAUGCCAUCGCCGAUUCAGGGGCCUCCACCCACAUGUCCUGCGUCCGCGAGCGGGUUCUAGAUAUGAAGCCCACUGAUCGUAUGGUGAAGUUGGCAGAUGGAACUCUUGUUCCGGCAGAGGGCAUUGGGCAUAGCUUAUUCCAUGCGUCGAUUAAUGGUGUGCUGGCUUCGAAACAGACUGUUUUCCCCAACGUUCUCUAUGUGCCUUCUCUCUCAAACAAUCUUAUCUCGACUGGGGCUCUCGUCGAGUCUGAGGGAUACACACAAGAGUACGACAGAAAAGGAUGA